UCAGCGUCAGUGAAGCAGAGACACGACAGGAAACUGAGCAGCGUCUGACAAACUCAAAGAGUCAAGAGAGAGACUGACCUGACGUCCAUGAGGAAGACGACCUCUGACCUCUGACCUCCCGUGAAGAUGAAGGCAUUCAGCAUUGCAGCUGCAGUGACACUCGUGCUCGCCUUUGUUUGCUUCCUGGAAAUCUCCGCCGUCCCGUUCACCACGGUGCAGGAGCUGGAGGAAGCACGAGGAAGAGACGACACUCCAGCUGAGACACACCAGGAGACACCUGUGCACUCACAGAUGACGCUGAAUCAUGUCAGACACAGACGCUGGAGUCACAUCCACCUGUGCCGCUGGUGCCGCAACUGCUGCGGCUCUGAUGCCUGGGUUUACUGCUGCAGGACAACAAAAACCUCCAAAUAAUUAACUUAUUAUUCUGUGUUUGUGUCAGGAAAUGAUCUUUGAUUUUCUGUGCUGUCAAGUUUUACAUAUACAUGCACAUAUGUGUAUAUAUAUAUAUAUAU